AAUUGGAAUGCUUUGUUUAUUUUAUUAUAUUUUUAAUACCUAUCGUGUGACAAACUUGUUUUAAAAAAAUCAUUUUUUCAUUUUAUACGGUGUAUUGAUAUUGAACAUCGAUGCCCAUCAGUGUGAUGUUACAUUUAACACUUCUAAAUAUGUUCCGUGUUUAUUAUUUUUCUUAACAAGUAGUACGUCAUUCAUAAAUAAAACACUCGACUGAUACAGCCAAUAUAGUGAUCAUGUUACAUUGAAAUUGGUGUUAUUAAAUUUAAUAUUGGUGGAGAAAAUAAAGCAUUCAUUAGCAUUACUGAUCAUUUUCCAAAAGUAAAUGUGUGUGGUGUAAAAGAAAUUAAAAUGGCCUUAAAAGUAAACGUGCUGAGUGUUCAAGAUGUCGUGCAGGUGCUCGAAAGCAGUGACAUGAAAGAGUUCGUUGAUUUUGUGAAAGAAAAGCAGAUAAAUGGUGAAAAAAUAUUAGGAGUCUCCGAAGGGCUUGUGAAACUAUGGCGCCCAAAUGCCAAUGCGAACAAAUUUAUAUCAUUCAUACAAGAUUUAAAAAACAAUCCGCAGAAAUACCUGACUUGUUUGAAUAAUGAUGAUAUUAUCACAAUAAAAGAGACAAAUCUGUGCAGUGAAAAUCAAUACCAAACUGUAAGCGUACGUAAGAUAAGUCAACAGGAAACAAUCAACUCCACUACUGUUGAGGAGAUUUUGAAAAAGAUUACAGCUCCUAAAAGUUUUUUGUACAGAAAUCAUACGAAAAAACAAGAACGAUCAUCUUACGUACCCAUGGAUGGCGGACCAGUAAAGAAACCAAACAAAUUUUUCCGCUUAAGCUCGUACGAAUAUCCCUUUUUUGACCUUAAGUCACGUUUUUCAAAGACUGACAAUUGUACUGAUAGAGGUUAUUAUUCUGUUAAAACGGAUAAGACGUUUUACAUUCAGAAAACUUGUAAAAAGUCUGAAUCCAGACCUAAAUACAAAUCUCUAACUAUGCAAGAAGAAUUAAAUGAUAAAAUAUCAGAAGAUCACUUUUACGAAGAUUUAUGUUACAAUGAUAUCACCGACACAAAGAAAGAGAGCAUAAAAGACUUAAAUAAACUACCAACUAAUCAAGUUAAGCCUUGUAUAGUUAAAAUACAAGAGUUGUUCCAAUCUUUCAAGUUGCCGUUCUUUAGAAAGACAGAAGUAACUGUAGAAAGAGAUGAAAACAUAAAACAAAAUGAUACGGCAAUUGAAAGAGAAGGCAAUGUAUAUGAGAACAGUUCGAAUGAUAUGUACGAUUCGAUACAUGUAUCAAGAGAGAAUUAUCCAGAAAAUGAUAAACCAGGGCCAGGAUUAGCCGUUGAAGAUUAUUUGGAACCAGUGCAAGUGAGCAAGGAUUAUUGCGAUGUCUGUCUCAAGCAGAGGGACGAUUCGUUGCUCGGGUUUAUCAUGAAUUACUUUGAGAGUCGGCUCGGUAUCAAGCGAGAAACAAACGAUGUCACGCAAUCCGAAGAAUCGGAGACGGAGCCAUCUUGCGAAAAAGAAUGGGAACGCAGCAACAUGGCGGCCCGGCCGUUACCGAUCCCUUUGGAGAACGAGCCGUAUUACAUGAACAUUGAUAGAACGGAGGCGGAAAACCUUUUGAUGGGGCAACCGGACGGGACAUUCAUAUUGAGACCUUCGAGUCAGCCUAACCAUGCCUAUACAAUCAGCGUCUCUUGUGCGAAUUCGGUCCACAAUGUUGGUGUAAGGCGUCGUCCAGAUGGGCGCCUGGCGCUUGGCUUUGCUCGACGCGGCGAACGGAGCUUCACUAGUGUGGCGUCAUUAUUACGUCAUCAUAAGAAGAAGAGGCUGCUACUGGUAGCGGGAGGAGAUAUGAUUGGAGCGACGACACUCAAUGAAACGCCACAAUACUAUCAAAUCCCAAGCAAUCUUCCAGUCAUGCGUUGAGUGUAAAUUUACAAUAAAAUUGUUACUUUGUAAAGUACAGCUUAGUUUGAUAAUGUCUGGUAUCUAUAUGGUAUAUAUACGUCUGGUAUUUAAAGAACAGUAACUGUCCAGGAGCGAUCGUUCUUGAGUAACGACCCGUUAAGGUCGUUUCUAUACAUCAUAGGGACGCUUUUAAAUGACAUGUCUGUAAGCAAACCGAAUCGUUUUUUAAAUAUAAUAACCGGCCAUGUAAGUAAUGAUAAGUAAUGAUAAUAGUCCUUACUCAUAAACAUUGCUUUGCGGGUGAAUAGUUAUGAAUAGUUAAAUAUGCCUUCUUUUUUCGAACUAAACAAUCGCUAAGCAAUGUUUAUAAGUAACGCCGUACAUUAUCUUCCAUAAUAAGAGUUUUUUUUUUAAAUAAUAGCUUUGUAAAAUAUGUUAAUAUCAAUAAAUAUAUAAAUGAGUAAGCUAAACUGCGCCUAACCUUUUUUUUAUCGUUGGAAAAACGCGUUACACGUUUCCCCCACGGGAAAAGUGGGGGCUAUGUGGGGGUGGUG